GUGGUUGGAGGUUUCCAGAAGCGCUCUCACCACCUCGCCGCGCGGCUCCCGGCCGUCCGACAGCCUGUUUGCUGCCUCGCUCUCCCUCCCCCUGGCCACCAUGAUAAGCGCCAGCCGAGCCGCGGCAGCCCGUCUCGUCGGCGCCGCAGCCUCUCGGGGCCCCAAAGCGGCCCGCCACCAGGAUGGCUGGAAUGGCCUUAGUCAUGAAGCUUUCAGAAUUGUGUCAAGGCGGGAUUAUGCAUCAGAAGCAAUCAAAGGAGCAGUUGUUGGUAUUGAUUUGGGUACUACCAACUCCUGUGUGGCAGUUAUGGAAGGAAAACAAGCAAAGGUGCUGGAGAAUGCUGAAGGCGCUAGAACCACCCCUUCAGUUGUAGCCUUUACAGCAGAUGGUGAGCGACUUGUUGGGAUGCCAGCCAAGCGUCAAGCAGUCACCAACCCAAACAAUACAUUUUAUGCCACCAAACGUCUCAUUGGCCGGCGAUAUGACGACUCUGAAGUUCAAAAAGACAUAAAAAAUGUUCCUUUUAAAAUUGUCCGUGCCUCCAAUGGCGACGCCUGGGUAGAAGCUCAUGGAAAACUUUACUCACCAAGUCAGAUUGGAGCAUUUGUGCUGAUGAAAAUGAAAGAGACUGCAGAAAAUUACUUGGGGCAUGCAGCAAAAAAUGCUGUGAUCACAGUCCCAGCUUAUUUCAAUGACUCUCAGAGACAGGCCACUAAGGAUGCUGGCCAAAUAGCUGGACUAAAUGUGCUUCGGGUAAUUAAUGAACCCACAGCUGCUGCUCUAGCCUAUGGUCUAGACAAAUCAGAAGACAAAAUUAUUGCUGUAUAUGAUUUAGGUGGUGGGACUUUUGAUAUUUCUAUCCUGGAAAUUCAGAAAGGAGUGUUUGAGGUGAAGUCCACCAAUGGAGACACUUUCCUAGGUGGUGAAGACUUUGAUCAGGCCUUACUACAGCACAUUGUGAAGGAGUUCAAAAGAGAGACGGGGGUUGAUUUGACCAAAGACAACAUGGCACUUCAGAGGGUUCGAGAAGCUGCUGAGAAGGCCAAAUGUGAACUCUCCUCCUCGGUGCAGACUGACAUCAACUUGCCGUAUCUUACGAUGGAUGCUUCUGGACCCAAGCAUUUGAAUAUGAAGCUGACCCGGGCUCAGUUUGAGGGAAUUGUGACUGAUCUAAUCAAGAGGACCAUUGCCCCAUGCCAAAAAGCCAUGCAAGAUGCAGAAGUCAGCAAGAGUGAUAUAGGAGAAGUAAUCCUUGUCGGUGGCAUGACCAGGAUGCCCAAGGUUCAGCAGACUGUGCAGGAUCUCUUUGGCCGAGCCCCUAGCAAAGCUGUCAAUCCUGAUGAGGCUGUGGCCAUUGGUGCUGCCAUUCAGGGAGGUGUAUUAGCCGGUGAUGUCACAGAUGUGCUGCUCCUGGAUGUGACUCCUUUGUCUCUGGGUAUUGAAACUCUGGGAGGUGUCUUUACCAAACUUAUUAACAGGAACACCACUAUUCCAACCAAGAAGAGCCAGGUGUUUUCAACAGCUGCUGAUGGACAGACACAAGUGGAGAUAAAAGUUUGUCAGGGUGAGAGAGAGAUGGCUGGAGACAACAAACUUCUUGGACAGUUUACUUUGGUUGGAAUUCCCCCAGCCCCUCGUGGAGUCCCUCAGAUUGAAGUUACAUUUGACAUUGAUGCCAAUGGGAUUGUACAUGUCUCUGCCAAAGAUAAGGGUACAGGACGUGAGCAACAGAUUGUGAUCCAGUCUUCUGGUGGUUUAAGCAAAGAUGAUAUUGAAAAUAUGGUUAAAAAUGCAGAGAAGUAUGCUGAGGAAGACCGACGAAGGAAGGAACGAGUUGAAGCAGUUAAUAUGGCUGAAGGAAUCAUUCAUGACACAGAAACUAAGAUGGAAGAAUUCAAGGACCAAUUGCCUGCUGAUGAGUGCAACAAGCUAAAAGAAGAGAUUUCCAAAAUGAGAGAGCUCCUGGCUCGAAAAGAUAGUGAAACAGGAGAAAAUAUAAGGCAGGCCGCAUCCUCCCUACAGCAAGCAUCACUGAAGCUCUUCGAGAUGGCAUACAAAAAGAUGGCAUCUGAGCGAGAAGGCUCUGGAAGUUCUGGCACUGGGGAACAAAAGGAAGAUCAAAAAGAGGAGAAGCAGUAAUAGCUGUAAACUUGGGAGAUGAAAGGACAACAUACUAUAACGCUUGGGAGUGAAGGGAUUUCCUGAGCAGAGAUAGGCAGAUUUCAGUCUUUUACUGUGUUUUUGCAGUAUUCUAUAUAUAAUUUCCUUAAUAUGUAAAUUUAGUGACCAUUAGUUAAUCAUCAUCUAAUGAGUGAUAAUUCCAACAGUACAACGUUCACAAUGUUCUGUCCCUAGCCUGUCAUUAUUUUCAGCUGCAUGUAUAAGGAAAGAAGGUGAUUUAUUGAUCAUUAUAAAGACUUACAUUAUUUUGUGCUAAUGUAGCCAUAUUUUCAAGGGAUGGAACCAUCUUACACACAAGGAGGGUAGUCAGUCAUAACCUGAAAUGAGACCAUAUAGGAAUGAGAUCUUGUCAGUUGAGAAGUACUCUGGUCCCAGCAUGUGUGUACAUGAGAUUCUUAAACUGAGGCCUUGCACAAAGGCAAACAGCUGCACCAUGUUGGGAGUUGAAUAGGGGAAGCUAAGUCACUGGAAAAUUAAGCGUUGAGUACAGCUUUUAAGACAAGGUAAUAAGGCUCCCUUUUUAAGGUAUACUUUUCUAGCUACCUUCUGGCCUGUCUGGCACCUGUAUCUUAUUUUUGAUCCAUUCUGGAUUUUUUUAAAAAAAUAAACACAAGAAGUACCUUGA